UUCACUUUGGAAUACGCCAUUUUGGACAAAAUUUUACUCAUUCCCGCCCGUUUCUGUGGUUUUUGCGCUGUUUCCUGAUUUCUUUUAUUUGUGUUACAGAACCGCAAAUGUAAAACAACAAUAUUAUCGAGUUACUUCGAAAAAAUCCAGCAAAAUGUCAUGAUUUUUUGUCAUGGCUUUGACAUGUUAAACGGAUAAAAUCACUUUUUUUGCGAACUUGUCAUCUCUCGGUAUGUUUACCAAGGUUAUGACUACGAAAUAACAACUAGAUUAUCGCAAGUAUCAAGAAGUUCUCAAGAUUGUUUUUAUAUAAAAGUGAGAUACACUGUUCAGGAUGUUUUGGAAGUUUAACUUGCUGACAACAUCCCACAUUGAUACCUUGUUAGACAAGGAAGAUGUUACUCUCCAUGAAUUAAUGGAUGAAGAUGAUAUCCUGCAGGAAUGCAAGGCACAAAACAGAAAGCUUAUCAAUUUUUUGGUACUGCCAGAGAAUAUGGAAGAGCUGGUGAGACUGAUUACAGAGGAACCAGCAGAGGAUGUGGAAGAGAAAAUCAGAUACAAAUAUCCAAACACUGCAUGUGAGUUACUGACCUCAGAUGUAUCACAAAUCAAUGAUGCGUUAGCUGGUAGCGAUGAACUUGUCAAAAAACUCUACGCUUUCUUAGAUACAGACAAGACACUUAAUCCAUUACUUGCCAGUUUCUUCAGUAAAGUUAUGGGGCUUCUUAUAACUAGAAAAAGUGAAAUGAUUUUAGAAUUUCUACAAACACGUGAAGAUUUUGUUGGUACACUUCUCAAACACAUAGGGACCUCUGCCAUUAUGGAUUUACUUCUGAGAUUGCUCACUUGUAUAGAAUCACCUGAAAUCAGGCGUGCCAUGAUUGAGUGGUUGAAUGAACAGCAAAUUGUCCAGAAACUAGUCAACUGUAUACAUAAAGAUUAUGAUGAAGACAUCCAUUGUAAUGCUGCACAGAGUUUAUGUGACAUUAUACGUCUUGGUAGAGAGCAGGUUAUACAGUUACAAGACAGGGCAGAUCCUGACCCUUUACUUACGACUGUAGAAAUGGAAGACAAUGUCUCGAAGAUGUUAGGUAACAUGUUGAAUGAUGAAGAAAAGAAUGAGUCUGUGAUCGUUAAUGGUUUGUCUGUAAUACAGACGCUAUUAGAGUUUAAGAAACAAGGGCCAGAAGAUUCAGUAGAACAGAUGACUACUGUAGAUGCUGAACAGAUGUUUUUAGGUGUAAAUAAUGUCCUUACUGCAAUCUGUCCUCGGUUGAAAGAUUUCCACACAAUAUUGGUGGAGCCACCAAAGCAACGUUUUUCUGUAAUGCCUUCCACAGCUGGGCCCCUGGCUCCACCUCUGGGUAACACUAGAUUACAGACGGGUAGACUGGUAGCUUCUCUUCUUUUAACCAAUACACAUUCUAUAAAUAUAGAACUAGCACAAUUGGGGACCAUAAAUGUUUUAAUAGAUUUGUAUUUUAAUUAUAUAUGGAAUAAUUUCUUACAUACCCAUGUCACACAGUGUUUAUAUACAAUACUCAGUAAUCCACCAAUAGAUGUUGAUGGUAAAAAGGAAAGUCCUCUUUUAAAUCAAUUAUUUUCUGAAUACAAAUUAGUACAAAGAAUUUUAGAUGAGUGGGACACAAAUGAUCAAGAUCAGAGUAAAGAAGGUGGUCGAAGAAAAGGCUUUAUGGGUCAUUUAACACGGUUAGCCAAUGAUGUAGUCAAUGCUCAGGAAAAGGGAGAGAAUGCAGAGGCUAUUAAAACCUUAAUUACAGACCUCCCUGAAGAGUUAAAGGAAAAAUGGGAAACAUUUUUAACGGGUACAUUAACAGAAACGAAUAAAAGAAACACAGUGGAGCUGGUUCAAGGUCAUGGCCUUGCUUCAAGCAGCGAGGAUGAUGACGCAGACUUCAGCAACAUUCCGUUCCCCCAGGAUACAGCUAUGCAACAGGCCUUCUCUGAUUAUCAGCUGCAACAGAUGACAUCCAACUUCAUAGACCAGUUUGGAUUUAACGAAGAUGAGUUCGGGGAACACGAAGAAAAAACAGAUUCCCCAUUUACAGACAGAAUAUCAAGUAUAGAUUUUGGAGGCACUGUUAACGAAGAUGUGCGGCCAAAUGCGUCCCGUUUUGAACAGUAUUGUAACGAGAGACUACAACAAUUUGAUAACGAUAGUGAUGAAGAUAUUUGGGAGGAGAAAGAAAUCACGUUUUCACCUUCUUCACAACAGAAACGAUCAGAGAGAUUGCCAGUCACUCGUGGUAGUCAGGACGACAGUGAUAGUACAGACAGUGAGGAGGAACUAGACUCGCCCAAACGUAUUGUACAACAACCAGGACCGACAGAAAAGAUGGAUGUUGAUUCAAAUGAGGCAUGGACUGCAAACUUUGAACAACAACAACAACAGACAGGCUCAAUAGAAGGUGGUCCUAUUGCCAUGGAUACCUCGCCUUGGGACAGUAACACUACAGAUAAACCAGCACAAUCAGAUAAUUGGGCAAACUUUGAGAAGGCCUCAGAGGGAGAGAAGACUAAAUCUUCAGAGGACAGUAGUAACAAAGAUAACUGGGCAGAUUUCACGAAUUUUGAUAACAUUAAAAGUGAAGGUAGUGAAGCUGAGCCAAGAAGUAGUUCACCAGUCGCCAUGGAUACCACGGAACCUAGCUCAAGAACAAAUGCUUACUUGGCCAGUAACAAAGAAAUGGAUUUAAAGUUAGAAAGUGUAGAUACCACAACAGACGAAGAUUUAGGAACUGAUGUCGAUAAACUUGUAGACAAAAAUAGUGAUUCAGACUCUAGUGCAAAACAGGAACAAUCAAAUACUGACACUUCAAGUGAAAAAAGUGAUAAUGUCAACAAGGAGACUGACUCCCAGUCUGCUUCUCAGUCUAGUUCACAGUCUCCCAGUGUGAAUAAAUCAGAGAACCAGUCUUCACAAGACACAACACAGAAGGUGACACAGUCAAAUAUUCCAGAAAAAACUGAAAGUCCCUUAGAGAAGCCCCCUACACCACCAUCUAGUCCCCUGCCAGAUGAAGAAGGGAACCAGCAGGUGCCCCAGUCCCCUAGAUCUCCCCCAGCCCCUAGUACAGACUGUGAUUCCGAAAAGCCAAACCUAGAUACAAACGCACAGGGGGAUGGGUGUAACACAAGCUUGAAUGAACAACAAGAGUCUGCAGAUGAUGAUCUUAGUUCUAACUUUAAUUUUCUGACCAAAGUUGGUCUUUUGAAGCCGGCUGGUGCCCCAAACUGUGUGAGCCCCAGUCAGUCAGAUAUUCAGGGAAAUGGACCAACGAAAGAUACACCUGAUAUAUCAACAGAUAAAUUAGAAGAAUUAAGGACUCAGGCUAAAGAUGCGCUGGAGUCAUUUGAUACAGCAAUUCAAUCUGGUGCCAAUGUACAGAAUGGUCCUGUUUGAUACUUGCCGACACAGACAGUUGAAAAAGAAAACCUGGUUCAUGUUAUAAUACUGUGAUUACACGGCAGCUGUGUAUAUAGUCUGUCUAUCAUAAUGCGUUACGUGUAAAACCUAACAACAUUGUUCCACAGGUGAACAAUGAGUGACCUUGACUUAACUCAAGGUCACUGUGUUACCUAAUAAGGAAAAAGUAAAAUAAAAACUAGUACAGCGUCGACCUGCUGAAAGGUCGGUGUUACUGUAUAUAGAGAUAAUGCUGUGAUCGUGAUUGCAAAUUUCAGUAUGUAGAGACGUGUAGUGUUGUUGCUAGAGAUAAUUGACUUUAGUUAAACAAUUGAUAGUAGACUCAUAAAAGCACCAGCAUAUUGGAAUAUAUAGCCGCAUAGAAAUGCAUGAAAAUACAGCAUAUGAUGCAUAAAAUCCUUACAUUUUAGUUUGUAAAUCUGUAAAGACAUGAUGGGUUUUAGCGAGAUAGGAUUGUUUUUAAAAUGACUUGCAUUGGAAAAAAAAUCUACAUCACCAUUCUGCCCGCUGGCCAAAAUAGUAAAUGGAUUCAUUAAGCAGCUGUUUAUAUCAUAUAAGCUUUUACAAUUUCUGGGCUUGCAUACAGUGAAUUAGUUCCUGUUUGUUAAUAAGGUUGUGUAUUUGAAAUGCAAAGUGGUGGAUUUGAAUUCCCCUAGUCAUAAAUGUUGAAGGUACAAAUAAUGAUAUCCAGUAGAUAGGUAGGUCAUUGGUUAUUAGUAUUUAAGGUGAUUGGUCCAAAAUGACAGUUAUCUCAUAUGGAGAACACAGGAUAAAACAGAAAUUGUUAAUAACCGUUACAGAGCUACUACCUUAAAUACCUGCCUGGUGACAAACGAUAACACAUUUCUCAUUCUGGACCACUAAGGCAUAUUGUACUUGUAUUUAUAGUUGCCUGCCUAUUUAUUGGUUUCAUUCAACAUUUCACCUACUACUGGGAAAAAUCUACAGAAGCUGUACACAUUUAGUUUAAAAUAAUUUAUGCGUAUAUGUGAUAUACCAGCAUUUUCAUGGUAUGAUUGUUUGCAAACCAUUAACAGGUUAAAGUCGUACAAUAUUAGUCGAGAUAAAAGUGUAAUGUUUGAUUUGGUGAAUCUUAAUGCAUUGUCAUCAGUCGUGUACAUUUCAGUGUAAUGAUAAAUCCGAUUUAAUAUGGUGCUUCGUUUCAAUUUAUUAUCUGUAGACAAAAAUGAAAGGACCCCAUUGGCCUAUUUGCGUAAUAUAAAUAGGUGUUUGCAUUGCCUGUGAUUAUUAAGUAUUUUCAGAAAACUUGAAAGGAUGUAUGUUGUAUGUAACAUGAAAUAACUCAUUUAGAUAUAUGCAUCUCAUGAUAUGUAAAAUAAAAGAUUUCAGUGAUUAAGAAAUUCUUACUUAAUUACUUUGUACCUACAUACACAUUUUUAGCUCACCUGUCACAAAGUGACAAGGUGAGCUUUUGUGAUCGCGCGGUGUCCGUCGUGCAUGCGUCUGUCCGUAAACUUUUGCUUGUGACCACUCUAGAGGUUACAUUUUUCAUGGGAUUUUAAUGAAAGUUGGUCAGAAUGUUCAUCUUGAUGAAAUCUAGGUCAAGUUCGAAACUGGGUCACGAUCUUCAAAAACUACGUCAGUAGGUCUAAAAAUAGAAAAACCUUGUGACCUCUCUAGAGGCCAUAUAUUUCAAAAGAUCUUCAUGAAAAUUGGUCAGAAUGUUCAGCUUGAUGAUAUCUAGGUCAAGUUCGAAACUGGGUCACGUGCCGUCAAAAACUAGGUCAGUAGGUCUAAAAAUAGAAAAACCUUGUGACCUCUCUAGAGGCCAUAUAUUUCACAAGAUCUUCAUGAAAAUUGGUCAGAAUGUUCAGCUUGAUGAUAUCUAGGUCAAGUUCGAAACUGGGUCACGUGCAAUCAAAAACUAGGUCAGUAGGUCUAAAAAUAGAAAAACCUUAUGACCUCUCUAGAGGCCAUACUUUUGAAUGGAUCUCCAUAAAAAUUGGUCAGAAUGUUCACCUUGAUGAUAUCUAGGUCAAGUUUGAAACUGGGUCACGUGCCAUAAAAAACUAGGUCAGUAGGUCAAAUAAUAAAAAAACCUUGUGACCUCUCUAGAGGCCAUACUUUUCUUGGGAUCUUUAUGAAAGUUGGUCUGAAUAUUCAUCUUGAUGAUAUCUAGGUCAAGUUUGAAACUGGGUCAACUACGGUCAAAAACUAGGUCAUUAGGUCUAACAUUAUUAAAAUCUUUUGACCUCUCUAGAGGCCAUAUUUUUCAAUGGAUAUUCAUGAAAAUUGGUCAGAAUGUUCACCUUGAUGAUAUUUAGGUCAGUUUCGAAACUGGGUCACGUGCGGUCAAAAACUAGGUCAGUAGGUAUAAAAGUAGAAAAACCUUUUGACCUCUCUAGAGGCCAUAUUUUUCAUGAGAUCUUCAUGAAAAUUAGUGAGAAUGUUCACUUUGAUGAUAUCUAGGUAAAGUUCAAAACAGGGUCACGUACCUUCGAAAACUAGGUCAAUAGGUCAAAUAAUAGAAAAACCUUGUGACCUCUCUAGAGACCAUAUUUUUCAAUGGAUCUUCAUGAAAAUUGGUCAGAAUUUUUAUCUUAAUAAUAUCUAGGUCAAGUUCAAAACUGGGUCACAUGAGCUCAAAAACUAGGUCACUAUGUCAAAUAAUAGAAAAAACGACUCGUACUCAAAACUGGGUCAUGUGGGAAGAGGUGAGCGAUUCAGGACCAUCAUGGUCCUCUUGUUUUUCUCAGUUUGAUGCUUUAAAAAAAAAAAUUAAGUAUAAGUUACCAAAAUAAAGCAGAAUUUUCCAUUCCUCUUAUGAAAAUUAUAGAUCAGACAAAAAACAGUUGGAUGCAGAUUGUAUAGAGAAAAUUGUGAGUAUGAAAAUGGGUUUGAUUUUUUUGAAAACUUCCCUAUCUUCUUAAUUUUAGAUUAGCAGCUUUUUAUGUGCUUUUUUUGCUGAGGAACACAAAUUUGAUUUGAGUUAUUAAGUAUUAUUAAAGCAAAAGAAAUUGUUUGCCACAACUGCUAAUAUUUUGAGAUUGCUAAGAAAGCUUUAGCUGAGAACAGAAGAGUCUGUAUUUGCAUGUAUAAGCACUUCAUUGUUGGUAUUUAGGUUAUGCAUUGCCUGUAUGGGCACCAACUCAGUAAGAAUGUUAGUCAAUGUAGGCUUUGAUAUAGUGCAAGAUGCUCCAAGUUUCCAUUUUUAUGUCCCAAGUGUAAGUGUCUGACAGGGUACCUGGAUUUAAAGUCAGUAAGACUCUAAAUUUUAGUGGAGGAGCAGGGGGGUUCAAACUCACAACCCUGGAUAUAUAGUCUUGCGUCUUAACUACUGGAUCACUUUUUCCCCUUUAUUUUUAGAAUGCUUCCCUUCUUGGGACUGUAUGUGUGAAGUAUAGUGUGACAGAUACUGUGAUUGGUUAAAAUCUUGCUGGAUCUCACUUUAUAUGCAACUUAAUUUUUCUGUUUUGUGGAUCUAAUUAAAAGAAUGUCAGUAACAAAAGGUUCAAUCCCAAUUUGUAUACUAUAUUUAUACUGUUUGUUAAGAAAAAAAUUGGAUGAAUUCUGUUUUUGAGAGGCAAUGUAUAUAUACUUCAGUUCAUACAGAAUGUGUAUCGCAAGUACUUGUGAGAUUUAAGAAUGUUUUAAACUUCAUUAUUUCUAUGUUUAACAACUUGAUCCAAUUUCUUUCUCAGUUUAUUAAGAAAAAAAGUAUUUUCUAGUGUUAAGGCUAGUAUAACUUAAUUGAUUUAAUCAACAUAUAUAGUUGAUAGUAUCAGGAAGAUUGAUGUAUUUCCAAAUGUAAGCAAAAAUGUGACUUUUCAUUUUAAAGGAGGCUAUAUAAUACAAUUUAUUAACAUUUAAACUAGCUGAAAGUGCUUUAAUACAUGUCAAUUGGCUGUUAAUUUAUCAUUGUAAUUGUAAUAAUUUUAGAUUAGCGGCUUCUUUUGAAAUAUUACUGAAUCAGAGUUUCCCCAAGAUUUUUAAAUAAAUUUGCUGGAAUUUGUUCUAUUCUGUUAUAUGAAUAAUCAUGUUUAUAGAUGCAUCUGUAAACUGACUUAAAUAUAAAUGGAAACAGAUUUAUAUCCAUGAAUAUUUGAGUGUUUUUGCGUAACAUGCAACUAUAAAUUUUCUAGAUACAUUUGUUUAUUUUUUUGUGUCAAUUCUGUUUUCCCCAUCAGAAAAAAACAUUUGGUCAUUAUUUUCAUUUUCAUUUGUUGAAUAUAUUUAAAAUUCUAUUUAAGAAGCCCUGAAUGUGAAAAAGGCUUUUAUUUGUUGAAAUCAAUUGAAGAGUUUUUCAAAUUAUAUAUUUGUUUCCAAAUUCGCAUUUAUUUAUUAUUUUUGUUGGACCAUCUAUUUUUUUUCACCAAACUAACAUUAUUUAUUCAUCAUAGACUAUCCACCCAUUGCAUUUUCCUCUGUCAUCCAUUUGAAAAUCCGCUGUGAAACACCACAAUUGAUUUUGAUCUAGAAUCAAGAAGUUGUAUAAUAGACACCAUCUGAACAGCAGUAUGAAAUAAUUUUAUACAAAAUAAUAUUUUUGUCUUCUGAAGUACAGUUGGUCUAUUUCUUGUUCACAAAGUGCGAAAUUCAAGUUCCGACUUGCUGUGCAUGUGCUUUGUUUAAACAAAACAAAACAAAGAUUUGAUACUUUGUUUGCUACCAGUUCCAUGAUUUGAUUUGAUUUUAAUGAAGUAUUGUAGGGAAGUCACAUUUUAGUUUAGUUACCUGUAGAAGAAAAUAUUGAUUUUUAGAAUGAAAAUUGCUUACAAAUGUUCCCAGAAUGUAAGUAACAUUGUAAACAAAGGACGAUUUUGACAUUAGAUUAUUCUUGUUUAUUUUGGCAUUUGUUUUAUUUCAUGGCAGUAAUCAGUGAUUUUUUCAAAUUCAGAUAAAAUAAUUUCAUGGUAGAAUUAUUUUAAAAAGUGCACUUUUUAUUAAAAUCUGCUUUUAACUUGUGUUUUUAAGUUGAAAUCUGCAUAUUUUGAAUAAUUUGAGGUUUGGCUGUCAUGGGAAAUUAUGUAAUUGAUCAAUGAUGUGUAGACUGCAGCUUUGACUUCAUAGGGCACACCGAAAUAUUACAGAUUUGUCAAAAUUGCAACACUCCAAAAACUGUAAACCACAGGUAAAAAACAGUGACUCAUUGGCAAUGUUUAAUUAUAGAAACAUACUUCUUUAUGUUGUCUGUAAAAUAUAUAGAAAAUAAUUUGAUUUGAAAUUGUCUGUACCUACAAAAUACCAACUAAGUUGUAAUUAAUAUUUCUGUCGAGCUGCUUGCGGUGAACUCGAUAUAGUCACCACUCGGUGUAUGUGUGUGUCUGUCUGAUUUUGUCCGAACCAUAACUUUGACAUGCAUGGACCAAUCUUGUUUAUAUUUGACAUGAAUGUUUACCUCAAUGAGGAGGCAUGUCAUGUGCAAACCCCAUGUUCCUAUCUCAAAGGUCAAGGUCACAGUUGGAGGUCAAAGGUCAAAUUGAAGUUUGUCCGGAGCAUUUCUUCUUCAUGCAUGGUGGGACUUUGAUGUAACUUAGCAUGAAUGUUCACCAUUAUGAGACGGAGUGUAAUGCGCAAGAACCAGGUCCCUAAGUCCAAGGUUAAGGUCACGCUUGACAGCUGGCGGGCUCGACAUUCUGCUGUGGGCAUACUUGUUUUAAUACUUUAUAAACAGUGCUGUUCUUGAAAAUUUAUAUAUUUGUUAGAAUUUGGAGUGUUGCCCCUUUAAAGAUGGUUUCCUUAACACUUGUAAUCCCUUGAAACUGGAAUUACUUUUAAUAACAUAUAUGGGUAAAUCAUAAAUUGCAAGGCAGAAAUAAAGAUUGUCAUAUAAACAUACAAUCAUACUAAGUUUUUGAAAGAUACUCAGCUUUUCAGUAUGUCAUACAUGUAUUGGGCUCAGUUUGUCAGAAUUUCAUAAAUGUACAUGUAACUGACCUGAUAUUUCAUCACUCGUAGUGUUCGAUAAGCCAAAGCCAUGUAGCAUUGCCACAGAGUAAAUGACUAAUGCAAAAUAAAUAUAUAAUAGCCUUGAAUAGGGUUGUUGCAUAAUUAUAAUAUGUUCAUGUAUAAAAAUGUUUUUUUUUUAUUUGCCGAUGCGUUAAUUCUUAAUCAUUGUUUUCACUUUUUGUUACCAAAGAUUAAAUAUGUGUAAAUAAUGAUUUGGUAGCAAAAAGUAUUAUGAAAUUUUGUUAUGGAUAAAUGCAUAUAAAGUUGAUGAAUGUCUCGAGGUUUUGGCAUUUGUUAAUUUUUUUAGCCUGUUGAAGUAAAGUUGUAAUUUAUUUCUAAGCUGUAUAUAAAUAGUAUUUUAUGUGCGAAUCAAACAGAGAAAUGUACUAUAAGAGUGUUUAUUUUGUCUCUUGAUCAUAGAUUUCCACAUAAUCUACCUGUAUCAUGAAAAAAAAAGAAAUAAUAAAAUUCUGAUGCAGAAA